AUACACAACAAUAAACUGUUCUAUAGUAUGAUUAAAAAUUCUGUUAUAUUUAUCCCAGAUAGUGAAAAUGACAUAAUUUCAACCUAAAAUCAACGUUUCUUUUGACAUUGAAUCAACGUUGAUCACCCACAUCAAUUCAAAGUUGGCUUUCUAUCUGUGUAUAGUAUUGUAAAAUUAUAGUUUGCUAUUCACUGCUACAAUUUAUUUUUGCCCAUUUGGGGUAUGACACAUACAUUAAACCAACACCAUGGUAAGUAAAAUACGUCUCAGUUUUCAUUUUUUAUGUGAAUGUUCCCUUUAUGCCUCCUUAACAUCAAAAUAAACCGGUCACGUUCACACAUACAUCCUUUAAAAAGUUUACUAUGGCCGUGUUUCAAAAUCUAGUCCUCAUCUGAAAGUACAUAGAAAGUAUGUUGCUGUUCAUGCGCCAAACAUGCUGCCUACAUAGGGAGCUCACUAGGUAUCGAGACACGGCCAGUCCUCCAGCUGAUCGACAGUCUGGAACGGGGGAAAAGUGGCGUUUAAUAACUUUAAACUUAACCAUGUCGUGUUGUUUAUAAAAGUCAUUGUGUAUUUAGUGUAUCACUGUCGUGUUCGUGGAAAACAGCAGGUUUUUCUUAGCGUCAGUUAACUGGUCAGAUGAGUUGUGCAGCUCUGAGGAGCGAGUCAGAUUUUCCAAUCGCUCAUUUAUGAGGAGAUCGCGAGCCUUUUUUCAGCCUGCUGAUCUACAACAGCCUCUGAGUCUCCUGAUGUGCUGUUUGUCCAGGACAGGAUGAUGUGGUGUGUUUUGUCCUGCUGUGUGCUCCUUCUGUCGAUCUGCUCCCACUCAGCCCAUGCAGGGAUGGAGGACUCCGACUGGGGUUCUGGAUUCCACGAGCUCCUCAGCAGUUUCCCAGCAGACAGUCCUUUCGUCAGAGAGACGCCCGGCAGACCUGCCAACUGCACCCAGCGCUUCUGGCUGCCACCAUCCUCCCCGGUGUGCUGGGAUGACAUCGCGGGACCAGAGGAGUUUGAGAAGUCCCGUAUGCUGGUGCUGCAGAACCGGGCCGCUCUGCAGGCCGUGUCCACAUCCAGCGGCCUGGAGGAUGGAGGAGUGUCUUACGAUCAGCAGGCCAGAGAGGAGGUGCAGGGCGUGCGGGAAGAUCACCUUGCAGUCAUCCAGACCACAGACACCAUGCAGAAAGUCUUCCUGGAUCUGGAGGAGAAGAGGAAGGAGGGGAAAGAGCAUUAUACCUUCAACAGUCUGAAGGAGCAAAUGGAAAACACCAGAGGCUCUAUUGCUAACCGUGAGCAAGCCGCAGCUCUUCUGGAGAAGCACCUGCUCAAUCUGGAGAGGUUUUUGAACACUAUGCAGCUUCGACUUGAUGAACUGUUUUAUUAGUAAUUUAAUAUGAGCAACGCAAACCAGCUCAUGGCAAACAAACGUAUGGAAAACAACAUAAUGCAUGCUUCAUUCAUGUUUUUAAAUUCAAAGAUACAGCUUCUUUGACAGUGUACUGCAUGCUAAAAUGGCACCCUGCGUUUUGCUUUUGGUGUGCAUUUUUUCUACUCUGUUACCCUCAUAUUUAUUUAUUUUCUAUUGGCUUAGCCAAUUAACCACAAUUAACUAAUUAACCACCAACUAUUCCAGCCUAUGUUUUACACAGUGGAUGCCCUACCAGCUGCAAUCCAGUACUAGGAAACACCAAUACACACACACAUUCACUACAGCCAAUUAAGUUCAUCCAGUUCACCUAUAGCGCAUGUCUCUGAACUGUGGGGCAAACCCACGCAAACAUGGGAAGAGCAUGCAAACUCCACACAGAAACACCAACUGAGCCUAGCCGAGCUUCGAACCAGCGACUUUCUUGCUGUGAGGCGACAGCAUUACCUACUGCACCACGGCGUCGCCCUGGGACCAUUUCAUAUGCAUUAAUAAUCAUUCCUACUGUUCAAUAAACAUGAACUGUCAUAGUUUAUUAAAGACGCAAACCCCUCGCUGCACAUCAGCUGCCACCUUCAGCAAACAUCCUAUUACCUGCAGCACGAGGACUUUUCUUAAUGAGCAUCAAAAGUGGCUGAUCUGUUCAGCAAAAGAUUUGACUGCAUGUCACCGCAAAUCAAACGACUAAAAUAAUACAAAACGAUAUAACUAAAGCAAUCUCCACUGUGCUGAGCGAGAGCGCUUGUCUUCUGUUAAACCAGGGGUGUCAAACUCAAUUCCGGGAGGGCCGAAGCCCUGCACAGUUUAGUUCCAACCCUGCUCCAACACACUUACCUGUAGGUUUCAAACAAGCCUGAAGGACUCAAUUAGUUUGAUCAGGUGUGUUUGAUUAGGGUUGGAACUAAACUGUGCAGAGCUGCGGCCCGUUUGGAACUGAGUUUGACACCUGUGUGUUAAACUGUCGCAUCUUUGAUAACGUAAGCAUGCUUUGGCUGGUUGGUAAACAAUGCAGUGUGAGUGCAGGGGGAGAGGGACAGCUGUGCCUAGUGAGUACUCCCUUCUAGCAUUAUUUCUAAAUGUAUUUAUCUUUUUUACCUUGAGCAUAAACAUAAUAAUACAUAAGACAUUAAUACAUCUUAUUAUGCUGAAUUUGCCUUAAAUUGUAUGUGAUCAAUUUUCAAAUACCUUUGAAAUGCUGUUAAAUUAAAAUAUUCAGCAAGCCAAG